UCAGAGAAGAGCAAAAUGGCGGCUAAUUUUUGGCUUUCAACUCAUUAUAAAUUUUGGCUAUUAACAAAAGAAGAACUGCUUGUUUCAAAUGGAAGACAAGAAGAUUUAAAGUACCUUACCGAUGAAGAGUAUCAAAAAAUUCACAUAUUUUUUGCCAAUUUUAUUCAAGCCCUUGGAGAACAUUUAAAACACAGACAACAAGUGAUAUCGGCGUCUACUCAUUAUUUUAAAAGAUUUUACUCAAAAAACUCAUUGAAGAACAUUGAUCCGCUACUUUUGGCACCAACUUGUUUGUAUCUUGCUUCAAAAGUCGAGGAGAACGGUGUUAUUUCGAAUAAUCGCCUCAUACAAACCUGCCAGACGAUUGUAAAGAACAGAUAUAUGGCUGUUUUAGGCGAAUUUCCGUAUAAAAUAACACAGGUUUAUGAAUGUGAAUUCUUUAUUCUUGAAACUAUGAAUUGUUGUUUGAUUCUCUUUCAUCCAUAUCGCUCAUUGACUCAAUAUGUUCGUGAAAUGGGCGAAGAUGAUAACUUUCUGUCUUUAGCUUGGCGUAUUGUCAAUGAUAGUUUACGCACAAAUGUAUGUUUGUUGUAUCCACCAUAUCAGAUUGCACUUGCUUCAAUCUACAUGGCUUGUGUUGUCAAGAACAAAGAUCCUUGCGAAUUCUUUAAGGAACUUUGUGUUGAUAUGGAGAAGAUUUUAGAGAUCACUCAAGAAAUAUUGAAACUCUAUGAAAUUCUCAAGACAUAUGAUGAAAAAAAAGAAAUGCCAGGAAUUUUGGCGAAAGCUCCAAAACCGAAAACAAAUAGUCGACCUUCCUCUUCUGCAAGUUCUGGUUCCCAAUACAUAACACCAUCCCCGGUGUUAGUUUCACAAACUGGAACACCUCGAUGAAUUUCUCAUUGAUGAGAGGAAGCUUUGAGAAAAGAAAUAGAAUUUUUAAUUUUUUAAAUGAAUUGAGCAAGAUGUGACUGCCACUUACAACUUAUGUUUGUCUGUCUGAACUAAAACAGAGAGCUCAGAGGUGGAGUUUUCCCACAAAUAUAGUAUAGGAGUUACCUCUAUUUUCCAUAUUUCUCUAGUAGUGCCAUUCUCCCUCUCCCUUAACAGUCUUCUUCAAUAUGGCCGCCACGCAAGACAAGAAAUGGCGAAUAUCUUCAGCUUGCUUUUUAACUAAAAUGUCGCGUUUCGCUUUGUUUUAAAAUGGAAAACAACUCAUUUUUCUUCUAAAUUCACGGGAAAUAUUGUGAAAUAUCUUUUAUUUAGGUAAAUAUGCGUGUUUUUUAAUCCGGUUAACGGCAAAUUUUCUGUAAUGUAAAUAGUUGAGACUAAAGAGGUCCAAUUUAAUUUUAAGCAGAGAAAUUAUUAAAGUUUUUGAACCACA